CAUGCAACUUUAAAACAACGAGCGGCUGACAGUCAUCAGGUUGUGUUUGGUGCAGACGAACACGUGGGGAAUUCUCGUAAAACAGAUACACGGAUCGACGUUUGGAUUGUCCAAAAUGAACGGAUUUAUCGUAACAGUGUUAGCGUUUGUGCUAUUCGGAGGUUCUUCUGUCUCGGCCCUCUGUGAUUCCAGCUCCAACAGUAAGAUCCAGCAGUGUCUCUUCAAGUCCGAGCUGUUCAACCCAUCUACAACCCCUAAGGAUGAGGCGUCUAUCCAAACGUUCUGCCGAGAUAAUAUGGACAGCAUCGUAAAAUGCAUGGAGGAACACACACAAGAGUGUGUCAAUAACGAGAAAGAGAUGAAACUGAUGAAUCUGUUGGUCAGCAUCCCCGACAUCCGGAAAGGCCUCAUGUACAUGUGCAAUAACAUCUCAGUUCUGGCGGAUAAGGCAACAUGUUUCUCUGCCUUUGGGGAGUCCGGUUUCCUUGACUGCCUGCAGAAUGCAGUGACUACCAUCGCCAACGCUGGACAAGCAACUGACAUUAAGUCGGGACUGGACAUGGUCUGCAAGUUCUUCGACUCCUUCACCGGCUGCUUCACUGACCCCUUCAAAGGCGAUUGUGAGCCCGUCGGCGUCAUCUACGGCCACGUGUUUCAAGGCGUCAAGUAUCCCUACUGUAAGCUGAACGCAGUAGAGAGACAGGCUGCCAUAACCGACUAUGAGAUCAGCGCUAUCGGCCGUACUUCCAUCGUCCAAUACAGCAUCGUCUCCAUCAUUGCUGCCGUUUCUGCAGCCAAGUUGCUGUAGUCCUGAUUUGACAGCUAUAAAUGGCGCAUACAUGUUCACAGUGGUAGUUUCAACAACUCUCAAACGGUUUUUGGGCUGAUAUUUCAUUGGGGGCUUUGAAACCAGUUUGCAAAAGAUUUUUUCGACUCAGUCAACACAGGAAAUUUACAUCUCUUCAGACAUUAGCAAUAAUCUUUAUCAUUCAGUUUAUGGCCCCAAUACUCAAAUAUGCACCACAAGCCAACUGUUUUUAUUGUAGUGUUUUAAUUGUGUAUUCGGAUGUUUAUUUUUUCGGUUAGGUAUCAUAUGCUGAACC